AUGGCAUCAAGCACUGGCCAUACAGCGAAUCGUGAACCUGCAUCGGAUGCAGGUGCAGGUGGUCGACUGCCGGAUCAGCCACGAAUGGGACCACCAAACCUACGACCCAAGCCAGUCGCCUUACGACCGGCAACUGUCACUGGCAGCCAAGAAAGCGAAAAGGAGAUCCGGAAACGUUUGAUGCAGGGUAUUCCAAAAGCGAGGAGAUGGGUCAUCAAGAAUCGAAUCGAACUAACGCUUCCCCCGGAAUUUUCGCAGCCACCGGGAUCGAAGCAGGAGGAAUCAGCAACAGUACAGACGCAUGAGAUCGAGGGAGUAGAAAGAUUAGUCACGCAGUCACUAGAAAGUGGACUGAAAGUUCCACCGAAUUUGGAAAAUACCAUUGGCUUUCCUUUGGUUCAACGCCUCCCUAAUGUACCAACAAUCACCCAUCCGAGGACAAUUUUAGGAGCCGGUAGGGUAGACCCGUUUGGAAAUUACCCUAUCCAAUUGUCGUACGACGAGAGGCAUCUUUUAGACCAGCUGUACACUGGAACAGAGCCUGUACUCAGAACGUUUAGGAACUCUUGGCUUCCCACUGCGCUCAAAGAUCCGGCUACAUUCCAUCAAUUUCUGGCUAAUGUCUCACUAAAUUUGUAUCAAACCAGAGGCCAGCCACGGAGCAGAACUCUAUCAGGAGAACAUCAUGCAGUCGCGCUGCGAACUGUGAAUAGUAAUCUCUCUGAUCCCACCCGUAACACAGAUGAUGCCAUGAUCGCUAGCGUUGUCACUUUUGUCUGCUACUGUGUGACCCAAGAGGACUUCGUGGGAUUCGACGCUCAUAUAGAUGGCCUGGCAAAUAUCAUUCGCUUACGUGGGGGUAUGCAAACAUUGGAUCAUAACCCAACACUGAGGUGCAUGGUCUUUGGGGUCGAUCUUUCGGGUGCUUGUCGAAGAGACUCCAGGCCAACGUUUCCUCCCCCAGACCGACUGAUCCAGGCUGUUCAAAGAGCAUUUCGUGACAAGUUGAAGCUCUCGCCAAAUCACGCGCCAAACCUUAGCCCCAGACCUUGGGCAAACGCUAUUCCUCGGGAUCACCUGUUGACAAAAGGAUUCGACGAUUUGCUCAGAGCUAUUAAUUACACCAAGAUUAAGACAGCGCACAACGAAGACUGGAUCGAAGUAAAGUUCAUUGUCUUUUGGAUCGAUCCGAUCGUUCAUAACGUUCUAGGCCAAGGGCCAGAAACACAACCAAGUGAUGGGCCAAGUAUUGUGCAAGAAACUACAAGAAUCGGACUCAUACUUUUCUUGUUCAAGCUUCGGCGGGUUUGUGGGCAGCUCGGUGUGUCAACGAUAUUUUUCAUCAAAAAGCUGAAGUCACUUGCAUCAACCAUGGCAUGGAAGACGUUGUGGAACUCUUCUGAGCCGCUCUUGCUUUGGGUACUAUUCGUGGGUAUGCUUGAGGCUUGGGGAACAGAGGACCAGGAAUGGUAUGCAGAGACUGCUGCCAUGGCUGCUCACUGGAUGGGUAUGAAGUCAUGGGAUGGUGCAUUAGAGGCUGUGAAGAGUUUCCCUUGGGUCGAUGGUUUGUUCGAAGACGAGUGUGAGAGAUGUAAGCCAAGAUUUCAAGGCAUUAUGGGUAACUUAGAGCAAGAUCUAUAUUCUCCUUGA